AUGACGGUAGGUAUUUGAUCUUUCUGUUGUGUGCAAAUUAAUAUGAGUGUUUGGUGUUUUGUGCUUGAGUGAAAACUGAGAUUUGGAAGUGUGUACAUGUUGUUUCUUACAUGCGCUUUCAGGAAACUUAAGAGGAAGUUUCAAAUAGGUGUCGUGGCUUAAAUGAUGAACACAUUAUCACUUUAACUAAGUAUUUUAUCUAAAAGAGAUGGUGGGAAUUCAAAACAAAAGUGUUACACAACAACCCAGCUACACAAACAUGUGAAUUCAGUAGCGUGAAGGAUUGCGGUUAAAGUAUAUGCCUUUAAUCCCACCGCUCGAACAGCCCUCUACAAGUUGUAUAACAAGAUCAAAUACUUAUUUGCUGCAAAUAAUAAGAAUUUCCACAGUGGGGCUGUGAGAAAUGCCUUUUAGAGCCCAAUUUUUAAUUAUUAAGACUCACCUUGUUGGCUUUCUGGAACCGGAGGUGGUGUGAAUGGGAGGGUGGUGCUGAGAACAGGGAGAGGUUGGCAGACAUCAAAGCGAUAUAAUAAAUCAGAAAAGCUUAUUUAUUUGCUGAUAAAUGACCUACUUAACCACUGUGUUUUUCAACAGUAGGAGAGUCUAUCUGUGAUGGUAGCAUGCCACUCAUGUACUCACCACCAUUAUUAAACCAGUGUUUGACAAACACUGAACAAGCAAACAAGCUAAGCUGCUUAAACCCAUACAUAAAUCCCAGUGUAGUGCUAAUAAGAUAUACAAAAAGUGAUUCUAGAAGAUCAGUCUUUGACAAAUCUGGUGUACACUUGUGUUAAAGUCACCAUACCUUGAGUCUAAGUCAGGUUUCCAGCUCUCAGUGUUGCAGUCUGAGACGAGUCCAAGUCACAAACAAAGUGGAUCAUUCACCCCAAACUAUUGACUGUUUGAACCUGGACUGACUGACUGGGACUUUUUGGAAGUGUAAAAAAAACAAAACAUUUGUGUUUUAAGCAUUAGACUCAAACAGGUCCUGUUGACUUUUCUGGAGGUUUAAAUUAUCACUGAAGUUACAGUGCUGUGUGUCUCGACCAUAAUUCCUUUAAUGCAGAGAGGCGCACAUCGAUUCUGCAGAGGUGGGUUCACUCCAGGUGUCUGACAAUCUCGGCUGUGCUAUAUAGUGACAUAUUUAAGGCUUUGACUAAUUGCUGCGUAUGGAGUUCAAAGAACUGAGAAUCAUUGUAUUUUUUUGUGUUUUGUUGAUCUGGAGUCAAAGGAUUAGAGAUAAAAUUGUAGUGAUUAUCUGAUUGAGUAUUUCUGAAUAUUUGAGUUUGUUAAAGUCCAACCAUCAACAAUGGCACUGCAUUCAGGAGGAAGAUUGGUUUAAAGAGAUUCUAAAGCUUCCAUGGUGGUGAACUCACACCAGGAUCAUUUCUGACAACUUUUCUUUGUGUUUACAAGAGCAACACACACACAAAAUACACCUGGAUCAUCUGAAAAUAAUUGAAUCCUUUUGCCACUAUUGUUUUUAUCUUAAAGCUCCUGUGAGGACCUGUCAUGGGAUGGCAUCAAAACAAACAUUAGUCUAGUUCAUUAAUGUAAAAAAAAAAAAAAAUCCACAUAGGAGCUUUAUUGGGGUCUGAUCAAGCCUAAAGUGACAACUCAAGGAACUAUAUUUUUUUUACUUAUGUAUUGCAGCAUUUCUUGGCCCUUGAAGUCGGUACUUGAGGAAAGUUUUUUCAACAAUGGGAUCAAAGCAGACGUAAUUCAUGAGGCACUGUUGUUGGCUUAUUUUGAUUUGAUCAGGGUCUUGGGCUCAGUAAUGUCACUUUCAUUUACUCUUGAGGUGAAUUUUGUUGUGUUUUGCAUGCAACAUGUGCAAACUUACUGCUUAUAUAUCAGACUGGACAUAUUCCUUCUGAAUUUCUCUAUAUUUUAAGAAGGUUGAACUUUGCACCUGCAGCAUCUUUAACCUUCAAUUAUUUUCUCUUAUCUUUAAAGUUCAAAUUUGGAAAGUAUGUUUUUUUGUCUCUGUUUAAUCCCACAGCCGCCCAAGCCUCCCAGGAAGAACUCCCCACUGAAGUCCACUAUCACCUCCUCCCCUGACAGUCCACAGGAUACCUCAAAGGUAAUAAUUCGAUCUCUUGAAAGCUCACUGUUGUUUUUGCAGCAGUUUUGCAUGCUAUCACCUUGCUCCAUCUUGAGAAAGACUGGACACAUUUAUAUUGACGUGAAAAAAGUGAACAGCUAAACAAAUACUUGCACUUGAUUUAAUCUGAGGUUGUUCUGUAUUUUCUGAAAAAUCACUGCCUCAGUUACUCACUGUAGCUGUUGUGUAACUUGAGCGAUGACAGCUGCAGAUUUCAAUUGUGAUUCUAAAAGUUGAUACACUUGUUGUGUUUUUUUUAGCCUGCUGUCAAUGAUAAAACCUCGGUAGAGGUCAUAGUCAAGCCAGUGCCUCAUCCCAGGACUAAAACACUACGAAAGGAGCAUAAAAAUGACAUCAACAACGUCGCUGAGGCUGAAGACUCAACUAAUAAUACAGCCGAGACUCAAACACAACCAAAAGAGCCGAGCCAUGACACCACCAGCACUGCUGACUCUGAAGACUCAACCAGCAGUACAACCAGUGGAGAUGUGGGUGAAGCAGUUUUAUCUCUUGGUGAUAUUGUUACUGGGAUGAUACUAAUAAAUGAGUCUUUCUGACACAUUUCAAUGUCCUCUGUCUUCAGAGUUCCCCACUCAGUGAAUAUCCUGCACAGUAUAAAAGACCUCGUCCUGCUCGUCCUCCUCCACCAAGACAUUCAACCUUACAACUGACCUUGAGUGAACCCACUGGAGGGACUCGAUUUGUGAAUGUAAACACAGAGGCAGCUGAAGAGGUAAAUAAUAUGGAAAAAAUGAUUUUGCUCAGUUACGUAAACAAGGUCUUAAUUAAAUGCUUUAGAAUUUCUAGUUGUGGAGUUUAAGUACUUGCAGGAUAAGGUUAGCUUUAUUCAGUUGUUACCAUUUUUAAACAAGAAAGAAAAGUAUCAUUAGCCUGCGUGACUUUCUCAACAGAAAGUAGUCUUUAAAGAUUCUGUGAGGAGUUUUUAGCUGGUUUUGAAUCAGGGUCUGGAACUGUUUAGACCUUCAGAUUAACUCAAUGUUUGACAUUGGGGAAAGAAGCAGAAAUUCAAACAGACAGAGGCAUGCAGAGGUUAAAAAACACACUUUUCCCACACUGUUAGUACAGUUGUUUGGUCAGAUUCAAUGGACCUUCAAGCAGCAGAAGUCAGUGCAUCUGACAGCAAAGGGAAAAUAUUUGGAAUUGCAGUGGUUUCAGACACACCCACCAGCGAUUAAUGAAUAAGAGCCGGCUGAUAACUCCCGAAUUGUAAUACUAAGCUUGUAUUUUGAAACAUACUAUUUCUAGUAUAUCUUAGGUUAUGGCGCUGAAUGAAAACAGUUUAAAUAUGAAUAUUUUAUGACUGUUUGAAUGUUUUUGGAUUUACAACUGCUUCUUCCUUAUCUGUCGUCAGUUUUAUAGAAACCAGGAAAAAGGACCACGGCUAUGAACUCACUAUAGAAAAUGCAGUUAUCAUCAUUACCAGUAUAGUUCCAAUACAUUCCUAUACUGAAUGUAAGACAAUUGUAGAAAAAUUACAGUAGACUGGGUUAGAGUAAAGAGCAAUCUUGAAGCAAAGAAAGUUUGGGAAUUUGGAGACCCCGAGAAACCCAACUUCCAUAUUUGUUUCUUACUUUAGCCUCCAGGGAAGGGUACAGAGACAAAACAGUCUACUCGUCGACCUCCUCCAGCACGUCCUCCUCCUCCCUCUAUCUACUAUGAUAGACUACCCUGUACAACAAGACCUAAGUCUGAGGUAAGGGCUUACCUGUUUUAAAAGUUUGUGGUAAAAGCCUUUCUUUGAUGUACCUAUUCCUAAAUCAAUCACUGUCAUGGUUAAAAGUUGACAGAUUGGCCAUUUUUAAAAAUUGCUGUAUCAUAGAUUUUCACUCAUGUUGUUAUUUUCUUGGGUAGAGCGACACUGCUGAGAGUCCAGGAUCCAGGUGGUCCAAUGGCUCCAUGAGACAAACCUCAGGUUCACCAGCUCCCUCUGAUGAAGACAUGAACCUCAGUGAUUCAACAGUAACUUUCAAAUUUAAAGUCCUGCUUUCUGAGUGUGCUUAAUUUGAUUUGUCAUAAAGACAUCACAGAGUCUUGAGUUGCUCACAGGUUGUCAGUAUCUGUAAUCCAACUCCAGUGUGCCUCUCUCUCUGGAUGAAGAUUUUGGAUUGCAUUCAAUAUUUUGGUUGUUUCAGAAUGUGUUAUGCAACCCUGAAGUGAAUGUCUUUAAUUUCAAGGAUACAGAAAGACCCGCAGUUCCGCCCCGCCUUGAGUACUCCUCCCUCCCUUGCUCCACCUCAGAGUAUGACUUCUCGCCUGAACAGGUAAAGAAAAACUCCAACAAUUAUAUGUGAUUGACUGUUCAUGGACACUCGCCAAAACAGCAACAAAAGGUGCAAAUACCAAGAGGCAUCCCCAGGGCUGAGGAAUGCAGUGACACAGAGGCACUGAAACUGCAGUUCCUUGAGUGGCCACUUGGAGUUAACUCCAAAACAGUGUUAUAGUAACUAAGUUUACAAUUUAAAAUCAGAAUUUAACAAGCUUACACCCUGGUAUGAUCCUCUAAUUUGGGACACUGAGCUCAUUUUCCUUGACUUGAAAACUGUUCAGGAGGUGAAUUUUAUUUCAGAUUUACUGUUUGGAUUAAAACUACAAUAACAUCAUGAUAAGGCUCAUAAUUAGGCUAAUGAGUGGCUGCCCUUUUGAGGGAUAGGUCGGUGCUGCUGUCUGCUACUCCACUAAGAAAAUUUAGUCACUACAGUCACUAAGCUAAAUCUUUCUGUGUGAUUGCUUUUUGUUUUAAGGUUGAUGUCUUCUGGGGAUUUUUUAAUUAUCUGCAGUUAUCAUCAGUAAUUUUUUGACACAUUUUUCCUGGUGUCAUGGAAAAUUAGAUGUAAUAUUGUUGACCCACUGUUUGGUUGGAUUUGCACAGUUCGGUAGGCAUAAUAUUCAGAUUUCAAAAUGCAGCUGCAACUGUUAUCUUUCACAGGGUUAAAAAACAUUAAAUGAAGUACAAUUUUUCACCUUUUAACCUGUCAUUUUUUAUUUACAGCUUAUUAAAAGGGAGUAUUUUUUAACUCAGCAUUUAACUGUUAGUCUGUGGCUUCUUUUGACUCAAAGGUUAUAGCAACAAAGAUACCAACCAACCCACAAGCUAACAAUAAAAAUGUUCACUUUGAGGUUUUAAGAUAUUGGCUAAGUUUAAAGUGCUAACAUUUGAAAUAAACACAAAAUAUGAUACUUCAACCAAAAUGCUUAGAUCGGUGAAUCUAAGACUAACAUAAUUUUGUUAUUUUGAUUUUGAUUUUUAACUGGUUUUGUGUCCUGGUUUAGCACGUUAGAAAGCAGACAUUUGCUAUAAUCAGCUAGAAAGCUACUACAAACUAUGUGCUAAAAGAAGCAAGAUAGAAAGCUGAAAUACAGUAAAAAUAUCAAAAUGUCAAAUAUUACAUUGAAAGACUUUGAAGGUGUUUGGAUCUCCUUAUUCAGUCUAUUAGAAAGCAGACAUGUUAUGAAUACAAAGAAUGCCUCCACCAAAGCUAAUGAUAAUGUCACUGACUUUCAGUCUAAAGUUCAACUUGGUUACAGCCCUCAAUUAGAAGUCAGGACAAAGCACAGUCAGUUCCAUACCAACCCUACUUGAUGUUGAUGACACAUUUGGUCUGUGGUAAACAUGCCUGUUUGUCUGGUGUGACAUACAGAUAGAUUUGCUUCGAUAACCUCUACUGAAAUUCUCCCUCCUUCUCAUAUCACAAGAUUAUGUUUCACAUUCUGGAAACCUUUGAUGUCAAUACUGUAAUUUUGUUCAAUCAUUGUUCAGACCAGACCACCCCCACCUUCAUUCGACCCACCACCCCCACCUUCAAUAGAGACGACAUCAGACACCAUUUACAGUGAGAUAGAUUAUCGACCCUACCUUGAUGUUCUGCCAGAGGAUAACCAAAGUAUGGUGAGGAAGUAUAUUCAGUAAAUAUAUACAAACACACAUAAACACCAACACAGAGGCUUUUGAAUUGACUUUGUUCCACUUGCCCGUUAAAUAUCACCAGACCCUGAGGAGAUCGACGAUGGGCUCUGUGCAGCAGUUCCCGAGCAGCUUCUACAAUUCCUACCCACGUGUCGCAGACGACACAGAGGUAAUAACAUCUUCUUCUUUUCACUAAUUCACUUGCACUUCUCCUUCCAUCGAUCUAGCAUCUUUCUGUUCUAAAAUUAAGCAUGAAACAUUUUUUAUGAUUGAAAUAGUGUCUCUCUGAAACUGGGACUGUGAAGAUAAUCAAACUUGUUCUCCACAGGACAUCAUUGGGAUGCUGAGGUGGUUGAAAAGAGUGUCAAGUGAGUGGAAAACUUUUAAAACAACUUGUAUAAACAUGUGUCUUUUUACACUUGAACAUGAUCAUGAACCCUUUUAAUAUACCGUGGUUGACAUAAUAUCAAAGUCAUAAGAAUCAGCUAACUAUUUAACUUACCUUUGUGCUUUUAUUUUGACAGAGUCUGACUCCAUGGCUCCAUCACUGUAUGGCCUCACUAUAGAGGAGGAAGUCAGGUAACCGCACAGAUACCGUAAUUAUUCAGUGCCAUUUUUAUCUCUUUAAAAUAUGAUGAGGAAAGUAUGCUGCCAGGUAUACGCAUUAGAUGUCUACUGUGCAGUUAAAACCUCCAAAUACCAAUUUACAUCAUGUUUUUUUGCAAAACAACUAAAAUAAGAGUGGAAUUAAAGCGGCUGAAUUGUUUCUUGACUAAUUUCAAAUAUAAGCAGGAUGACAGAAUAGGUUCUCAUCAAACUUGUGUCACUUUCUGUCAUUUUUGCCUUCAGAUCAUUUAAUCAGAGAGCCAUGAAUGUUCGAAAGGCCCUGCGUCUCUUUAACCUCCUCAUGAUGAAACGCAAUGAGACUCUGCGGGACAUUAUCGCGGAGUUCAACGCCCUUUGUGAAAGCCUGGACAAAGUGCACAAGAUGAGUAAAACCAUGGGCAUCGCAGGAGGCACCACUGGUGCUGUGGGAGGGGUGACCGCAGUGUUGGGGAUCGCCCUGGCACCUGUGACCUUUGGGGCCUCUCUGAUCGCUACAGCUGUUGGUGCUGGUAUGGUGGCGUCGGCCGGGGGGAUAAGUGUGCAUACUGCCAAAGCUGGCAAGAAGGUUGUGAACAGGAUGACAGUGGAGAAACUGGUGUAUGACUAUAAGGCUAAUGUUGUUGACCUGGAACAGUGCCUGGACUUUAUCCUCUCUGAGAUGAAUGAGCUGCGGAGGCAUGACAUCGCAAGGUUACAGAGGGCCGGAGCCCCACUUGAUGCAAUCAAGACGGCCCACCUAUCACAGUCUGUGUUCAGGGUAAACGACAACAGAAAAGGGCCGCACAUAGGUGGGAUGGCGUCUGAGAGACUGCUUCAGGCUUUUGCCAAGGAAAUGGACGAGUAUUUCACAGAGAAGAACGAUCAGAAGCUGAGGAAGUCAACCAGAAGCAGGUUUUGUGGGAGGAUGUGCCUGCUCGCUAAAAAUCUGCAGAGUGAACUGGAUUACCUGAAUCUCAUGUGGGAGUUGUUGAGCUGA